CCCACUACUUAUCAAGUUACACAUACAAACAGCCUAAUUAAUGCAGGAAGACAAAGGUGAUGAGUCAUUUUCCUUUUCACGGAGUGGUGCCUGAACUUGCUUAGAGAAUUACCUUAAUGUAGUCAUUCUUUUUUCUUUGCUUUAGUUUUAUUUUCCCCUUUUACAUUUGAACUAGAUUUGAAUUGUCGAAAUGUGUACUGGAAAAUGUUCUCGUUUUAUUGGCCUGGUAUUGAUACCAAUGGCACUAACCUGUAUAAUUGCCAAUGUUCUCCUGAUUUUUCCUAAUGCUGAUGGGCAAUGGACUAAACAUAUUACCACUGAAGUAUGGCUAAUGGGAGGCAUUGCUGGAGGAGGAGUAUUUAUGCUUUGCCCUGGGUUAUCUGCAGUGCGAGCAGGUGGGAAGGGCUGCUGUGGUACUGGAUGCUGUGGAAACCGAUGUCGAAUGCUGCGUUCUGUGUUGUGCUCGGUUGUGGGAAUCCUUGGUGCAUUCUACUGUUUCAUGGUCUCUCUCUUUGGUCUCAUUGAUGGCCCUUUAUGCGAGACAGCUAAUGAUAAAUGGGAAAAACCAUUUGUCGAUCUGCGAAAAAAUGAGAGCUACCUCUUUCACAAGGAAGACUGGUCUAAGUGCCUUCGGCCCCCCAAUAUUGUCUUGUGGAACAUUGUCUUGUUCUCAAUAAUGCUGGGAAUGAGUAUUCUGGAAGCUGUAUUCUGCGCCUUUCAAAUCAUUAAUGGCUGUAUAGGUGUCUUCUGUGGUGACUGUAGAAAAGAAGGCAAAAGCAAAUCAAAAGAUAAUGAUGAAGGUCUGUAAACAGUACUCUGAUAUACUCUACUACAAUGAAGUAAAAACUUUAAGGACCAUCAUCACCUUUUUGGAGCCAUCAAGUCAUCCACGUGCUACAUUUUGGUUUUCUUCAAAUUGCUUUCUUAAUGUGCAGUACUUACAUAAAAUAAUUCCUUGGUGUGCUAAAGUGGAAUGCAAUAAAUACUGCAUAUUUUA